AUGAGCGCAGACUCUACUGCUGCUUCAUUUGCCUGCAGCAGCAGAAACAGCUGCAGCAACACCUGCAGCAGCAACGGCUGCGAGAAGCCUCAAUGUCCGCGCCGCCGCCGCCGCAGCAGCAGCAGCAGCAACUGCAGCAGCAGCAGUAGCAGCAGCAGCAGCAACGCGCGGCUGUCCAUUCAAUUGGAGCGUAACUUCACCCAGCAGCAGCAGCAUCACCAGGUUCUCGCCUUGCUGCUGCUGCUGCUGCUGCUGCUGCUGCUGCUCCCGCUGCUGGCGCCGCUGCACACACCUAUAGCUGCUGCUGCUGCUGCUGCGGCUCAGCAAUGGGCUCGGGGGGGCAUCCGGCUCCGAGGGCUGCAGCAGCUACAGCAGCAGCAACAGCACGGCAGAACUAUCGGGUUCAGCAACAGCAGCAACAGCAGCAACGGCAGCGACAGCCGCAGCAGCAGCAGCGACAGCAACAACAGCAGACACAGCAGCAACAUCAGCAACAUCAGCAACGGCAGCAACAGCAACAACCAGAUCCUUGUGGGCUGCAGCGGCUUACUCCGCAGCAGCAGCAGCAACAACAACAGCAACAACUACAACAGCAGCAAUAACAGCAGGAGCAACAACAACAGCAGCAGCAAUAGCAGCAGCAAUAGCAGCAGCAACGUCCGUCUAGAGCAGCAGCAGCAGCAGCAGCACAGAUUGCAUAGGUGUCUGCUGUGCUGGCAUCCUCGUCUGCUGCAGCAGAACGGAAAGCAGCAGCUACAGCAGCAGCAGGAGCAGCAUCAGCAGCAGCAGCAUCAGCAGCAGCGCUAUCACAAGCAUCAUCAUCAUCAUCAGCAGCAGCAGCAGCAGCAGUAUCUGCAGGAGCAACUGCGUUUAGUGCUGCACAGCGAAUGCCUCUAUUUGCUUCCUGAAGCAUGCGAUCUAGGGCCCCUACGCUCGCUGAUACUGUCUCCUGCUGCUGUACGCCCGCUGCUGUCUGCUGCUGCAAGCCCGCAUGUCUUGCUGCGUCUUGCUGCUGCACUUAGAGAUGGUAAUGGUGUUGCUGCUGCUAUGCGCGGCCUACGCAGCUUGCUGCUCCUCCUGCAGCAAAGCCUCUCCAAGCAAGUUAAACGAAUUAACGCUUCUUUCAUCGGUACGCUAAGACAUACCCGCAGCAGCGCAGCACAUCAGCAGCAGCAGCAGCAGCAGCAGCAGCGGGAUGGGGACACAGCAGCAGCAGCAGCAGCAACAGCAGCAGCAGCAAUCGCCGACAAGCCUGCUGCACCUGAUGUCAAGGCGCUACCAGCAGCAGCUCCACACAACCACAGCAACAGCGAAAACAGCAGCAGCAGCACCAACGCGGAUGCAGCAGCAGCAGCUGCUGCUGCUGCUUCUGGGCAUGUAAUGCAGCCGGAUGACCCUGCGUCUCCACCGCAGCAGCAACAGCAGCAGCAGCAGCAGCAGCAGCAGCAGCUGUCUGUGGGGAGACACAGGCCCCAAGACAUCCUAAGGGCUUUAGGCCACCACGUAGAAGGCCUGCGGGCGUUAGCCGGGGGGCUUGAAGUCAGCAGCAGCAGCAGCAACAGCAGCGACAGCAGCAGCAGCAUCAGCAGCAGCAGCGAGGGAGAGAGCAGCGCUAGCGCAUACCGACGCAACAGCAGCAAAUUCUCUCGUGCAGCCUACAGGCAUAGCAGCAGCAACGGAAGCGCACAUGAUCCUUCCAGCAGCAGCAAACACCAGCAGCAGCAGCAGCAAGAGCAGCAGCAGGAGCAGCAGCAGGGCGUCCGUCGUCGUCGCACGCGGUUGCGCAGUUCUGCGUUGGAGUUCGUUGGAGGUUCAGAUGCCGCAGCAGCAGCAGCAGCGGGAAGAAGGAGCAGAUAG